GAGACUCAAACUUCGUCUUCGCUUAAAUUGAACUUUCGCUCCCCACGUAUUGGAUUUCCCUCUUCGUUUUCUACAGUAAUGGCGGUAGUCUCUUGUAGUCCGCGCUCGCUAUCAUGUUCUCGCUUCAUGGCAAAGCACGCAUGCUCCUCGUUGCCCUUCCAAUGGCACCGAACCCAUCUGGAUUUCACGGCAACUGUGCAUUGGAAGGCACAAAGUGGAAUUAGGGUUCAAAUUCUUAAUUCUUCAUCGUCUGAUCAUAAGGAUUUCACUCGUUCCAUCCAGGCCACUCGCUAUUACGAUGCACCAAUGGUUACUGGAGACUCUUGGGAUGAGUUCAUUCUCAACAGUGACACUCCCAUCCUCGUUGAGUUCUUUGCUCCUUGGUGUGGGCCCUGCAGGAUGGUCCAUAGGGUGAUUGAAGAGAUUGCAAGCGAGUAUGCUGGGAGUCUCAAAUGCUUUAUACUUAAUACAGAUCAGGACCUGGAGAUUGCUGAUAACUAUGGUAUUGAUUCUGUUCCGGUAGUUUUGCUGUUUAAGAAUGGAGAAAAACGACUCUCUUUGGUUGGAACUUUGCACAAGGAGAAUUAUGUGGCUGCCAUCGAGAAGCUUCUGGUCUCUUGAGGAACCUCCAACAUUUCAACUAUGACCAACUGCAGUGUGUGUCUUCCCAUUAGGUUAUUUGAUCUGAUCUGGAUUUUUUGGUAAACUUGACUGGAUCUGUACAUUUGACAUUUUGUAACCCUAGAUUUUGUCAAUGGGGCGUCUCGGCUAACAGC